AUGGUAACAGGCGCAGCCUGUCCUCCAGUCGACGACCUCAUCCGAAACAAUAUGCCCGCGGAUCCGUUCUGGCAACCCGACUUCGUGUCGCAACGUAACGAAUCAAGCCCAUCACGCUCCGUCUCGAGCAAAUCAAAACUGGAUCUUUCUUCCACCUUGCCAUCGUUGGCUGCGAGCCCAGCGCUCUCUCCGAAAGGCAGUGUCUUUUUCUUACGCUCGGACGCAGAGUCUCUCCAUGACGCUCUCACUGUUUCAUCGUACGACAACGACUACCCUCCACCGCCAAUGUCUACACCUGCUGCCUCGCAAACAUUCGCAUCCAGUUCAAAACAGCCAACGAGCACUGUAUCCCCGACGAGACUAUCAGCUUGCACAGAGACACGCGAAGGCGCUUCGACCAUGGCCGCCCCGACCUUGACUAGCUCCCCCAGCAGUAUCAAUGGCCUCACAGAGUCACUGCCUAGGCGCCCCGCUCGUCCAGGUAGGCCAACCCUCACCCGACUCAACACGUCCGAAAUAAUGCGUACGCACACCAACACUGCCGCUCUCGAGCCUCCAUCGGUGCAUUCAAUUCCAAGCCGCCGAUCACCCACGGCAUUGAAGCUACAGCUCGAUACCUCAGUGCCACGCAGAUCGGCUACGUUGAGUAGCUACCCACACUGCAAAAAAAUGAACUACCCAACGCCACUUUAUUCUACUCUGACACUCCCAUCGCCCACAACUUCGACUCGCAGCGAUUUUGCCACCAUAAAAGAUGGCUCGGCGCGAUUGACCAACGGCGACGUGGAAGAUCGAGCGGGUGCGGGUGAGUCAAGCUAUGCAAACUCGCCCGCCGCUCGCCCAGACAGUGUGAACCUGGCCGGAGAUAAUUUCAGCUUUGAAGGCAUCGAUUUUGAAGUCUCGACCAUUCUACCGGAUUUCCUCUAUCUCGGCCCGGAUGUGCAAUCCGAGCAGGCUGUUACAGAGCUCAAAGCGAUGGGCGUGCGACGCAUUCUCAAUGUCGCCUGCGAGAUUGACGACCGAGGGCCUCUGAGGCUGCGAGAUCGGUUCGAUCGAUAUCUUAAAGUGCCCAUGUUGGACAGCGUUGAGGCGAAGGGAGUGCAAGACAGCAUCGAGCAGGCCUGCUCCUUCCUUGACGACGCACGCCUGCGGUCGGAGCCGGUCUACGUGCACUGUAAAGCCGGCAAGUCACGCUCUGUGACCAUCGUCAUCGCCUAUCUUAUACAUGCGCUCGGUUGGACGCUGCGACGUUCCUACUCUCACGUGUCUGAAAAGAGGGCCGCCAUCUGUCCUAAUAUCGGCUUUGUCGCCGAAUUGAUGCAAUUUGAGGAGAAGGAGCUCAAACUCGCUCGAUCCACAGGUAUCUAUGGAGAUCCCGCCGAUGUUCCGCUCGCAUCUGCCUCAUCCCCACAGUUGCUUCCAGGCUGGCAACAAGGUCAAACCAGACUUGAUUCGCCUAGAAACGAUUCGUCGCCGAUUCCGUCAACACUUGCGCGGCAGGGUGUUCUUAUGCACAUGACCACCAGCCUAAACUCGAGUCUAGGUGGCUCGCUAUCCAAGUCGUCUCCCGACCUUCCAUCCUUGACGUCUGGCUGCACCUAG